CCCCCGAGCUUCCCCCGCCGCCUGAGGGCGUCCUUCCUUCUCAGGAGCCCUAGGCUUGUGUAGCAUCUACCAGCUCUCUGUUCUCUCAGGCCCUUGGUCCCCUCAGGCAGCACAUGCUCUCAGGUGUUGUGGCUUGGGGUUCCUUGUCGUGCCCUUUGCGGAGGGACCAAAGUCAAGAUGGAUAUCCAGAAAUGGUAUUUGAAAACUUCAAAGCUGGCACUGGCGUUGGCGAUUAUCCACUCAAAACCAGCAGACAGAAGCAGCAGAGAAUAUACAGAGCACCUGGCCACCUUGGUGACCCAGCAGGAGUCCAAAUGGAAAUCAAAAGUUGAAGUCUUAGAAGCAGAGGUCCUACAGUUACGUCAAAAACUUUUCCUGAGUAGGAUGUCCUCAGGAUUGUUUAAGAAUGGACAUGAUGCCCUCCCCAUGUUGUCAGAUCAGGAACCAACAAGUUCCGAAAAUACACUGACUUUGAUGGAUGACUCCGGAUGUGUUUUAUCAAAUGAGCAAAGAAGUGAACCCACAGAAUUAUCCCAGCAUUUUGUGGAGAGCAGCUAUCCCCCACUCGGUCUCCCACUGCCUCUAGAGAAAAAGCCGUGCCCUCCACUGGAAAUUCCUCUGUCUUCUCACAUGCAGUUCUUUCAACAUCUGCUGGAACUGAAGAAAUGGACAGAGUCCAGUAAUCUGAAAGUGUACUUAACCCACUUUGAAAAAGACUCUUCAACAGUUUCUGAUUCAGUUUCACAGUUGUUAGAUGGCCUGAUCACAUUUUACCAGAACCUCAAACUCCCUUUCUCAAGCUUCUGGACAGAGGCUAUUGCUACAUUAGCCAGACUGGCGAGUGAUUUUAAUUUAUCAAAUCAUAUUUUUAAAAGAUGUUCUAAGAAGUUGGAAGAAUUUGAAAAAACUCUACUCCAGGCUAUUUUAGGGAACAACAGUAUAAACCGGUUCCAGGUGCAGUGUUAUGUCUCUCAGAGCCUAGUAACCCUAGGAAGUUGCAGCUUGUUGAGGAAGUCUAUUAUACCGCUGCUUCUAUCAGAAGUGAACAGCUUUGUGGACGAACUGGGAGCCAUCGAUCAGGCUCAAGGCAAUUAUGAUGUGACACGCUAUGAAAAUAUUUUCUCCCUGUUUUGGAUUCUGGAACAACUUCUUCAGCAGGAAGCCCAGGGAGAUCCCACUCCACACAUGGAUCCCAGCAGCCCAGAAAUUCAGACGUUUCUUCAGAAGCAUGAUGAAACCAUCUUCCGACUUUCUGAUGCAUUCCCUUUAUUUACAUUUUACUUAUGGAGACUGGGAAUUCUCUUGAAUUCAGCAGAGAUGGAAACUGUUAAGAAUCAAUCCUUGCCUUAGCUGUUUACUGUCUAUCAGAAAACUGUGUGCUUCAGUAUUUCUCAAAAAAAUGCUUUUAAAUAUUUUAAGUUGAUUAACCAACUAAUCAUUAAUUCAAUUUAAUGAUAAGUCUUCUGUAUAAGAGAUGAUAAAUCAUUGUUCUAUAUUACAAUUAAGCAAUUUCAGUUGACAAUGCCCCCUACGUUCAUAUAUUAUAUCUCAUUUCACUCAAUAGGCUAGCUCUAUUCUCUAACUUGGCCUGUCUCAUAAAAUACAAUAAAUUGUCAAUGAUUUCCAUCUGAUGUAAAUUUCAUUACAAAUUUUACUGAAAUAAAGCUUAAACUUUUGUCAUUUAACAUACUUAAAUACAAGGUUUAAGUAAAUGGUAAAAAAUAAAAUUUAUUAUGUAGCUCUACUCAAGUCAUUUUUCUCUUGAAGAAUAAUGCUAUAGAAAAAGAAAAGGCUUUGGAAAGCAGUGGCUUUUAGUUUUACUUAAUCAACAUGUUUGUAAAGUAUUUUUGAAGUGUUAAUUAGUUCUUUAAAAUGUCCCUUUUUAAAACAAUUUUUCUGUUGAUAUAAAACACUAUUGUUCCUAUGAUUGUUAAAAUGUAGUAAAGUUGUGCAUUAUUAAAGCAUCAGGGAUGCUUUUAUAAAUUUUCAUAUCUUACAAUAAACACACUUUAUACUUAUUAAAAGUACUGGUUGAGUUUUUCAUUACACAAUUUCCUUUACUUCGUUUCAGUUAUUAAAAUUGGAACAGACAAGCUUAAUGAGCACACAUUUUGCACUUUCCUAUUGUGCAGUUUACAGGAAAUAUAAUGUAAUUCUCUUUCCUUUGUUAAUUAUGUCUGAUUCUGCUUCAUAAGGUAAUUAUCAUCUUCAGAUGCCAUUAGUACUAGAAAAAUUAUCCUUGCUAAUUCUUUCUACAAUGUAUAUAAAAUUAUACCAUCUUCUAGGAUUAUUUUUGGAGGUUUUGUUUUGUUUGCCCAGCGAAUCUCUUCUCUCCUAGAAAUGACUGCAUAAACAAGACCUGAAGGUGGCCAUAUCAGUGGACAUAAUAACAUGGAAGAGAGAAAAUUUCAUGGGGUCACACUCCUAGAUAAAGAACUAAAGGUCACUAAAGACUGCUGGGAGAGGGAGAAUUAGCCUGCCCCAGGGUGAGCCUCCUUAUUUGAUACCCAGUGCAGAAUGGUCAAUCCUGAAACCUUACAAACAAACCAGACUCAUCCAGUUGCAGAUAUAUAUUUGUGAAUACAUAUAAAUACAUCUAUAUAUAUGUAUGUAACUAUAACAAAGAAAAAGACGCUAUUAGCCUGAGGGGGAAACGUCCUUGAGGGUUGAUGUGAAGGUUACUGAGCAAGACUGCUGGGAGCAAAAGGAGGCGAUUUGGUUAUAUUUCAAAGACACAUAACUUAGUUAAUAUCAACCCAGAAUAUGAUGAUUUUUUUUUUGCUUAAAAACUCAUUCUGAGGAAAGCAUAGGGGCUACACUAGCAUUCUGAAUACUCAGUGUAGUCAGUUGCUGGGUAAUAA